GGCUGAGGCCAGCAGUGAGCACACAGCCGGUGCAGGCACCCCCCUCGUGGCACAGCAUCCAGGAAGCAUGAGAGGCCUCCAUCUGGUCCUGCUGGCGGUCCUGCUGUGCUCGGACCACGCCCUGAGCCUACAGUGCUACCUCUGUGCUGGUGCCCAGAUGGCCACACAGUGCUGGGUCAUGACCUGUGGACAGAGACAGAACUUCUGCUUCAAGGGCACCGUGAUCACCACCUGGCCAGAUGGACGGAAGGUCAGCGGGAAGAGUGCGGGUUGUGCCCCUUCCUGUGAGGAGGUGUCUUACAUGAUGCAGACAAUGUACGGCUCAGGCCCAGGGCCAAGUCUACUGGCAAACAUAUCCAAGCAACUGGGUUUGCCGGCCCCCAAGUUUGAUGUGCAGAGUCUGUCUUGCUGUGAGAAGGACCUCUGUAAUGGGGUGUCCCGGCCAGGGCGCAGCCUCUGGGCCCUCGCUGGGGGCCUCCUGCUCAGCCUGGGGCCAGCGUUGCUCUGGGCCCUGCUGUGAGGACCCGCCUCAGGCACAGAAAAGGGUGAGGGCGGCCGUGUCCACGCACCACCCACGGGGCCCCACGACUUCUGUGCUGGCCAC